ACUAGAUGCAGCCUGCGUCGAGACAUGGAACGAACACGUUCAACCUUUACAACUAUUCUUAUUCUAGACCAAUCUACCAUCUGCUCGGCGCUCGCGACUGACGUCGGUUGCCUGUCGCAUAAUUUCCUAUACCAUAUCAGCCUUUUCUACUAGUUCAUAUCUAAUGCUUCGAUAACCGCGGCAGCAACAUCUGCCCCUUCUCGCGAAGAAAAGGAAAAACUAUGGCCAACGUGUCCGAGUCGCCGCAAGCCGGACAAUCACCGUCACCCCAGCCCACUGGCGAUGGACAGGUUGAUACUUCCAGCCACGAUGGUGCAAACCAAUUCCAGCAUGCUAUUUCAGCAUGGAGAAACAUUGAUUUGGGCUCUUUAAUGUCUACUCUCGACAAUACUGCUUCCGACAUCGUAGCCUUUCAGCGGGACUCCACAGUCCAACGAAAAGAUUUGGCUCAGAAGACAAAGGAUUUCAGAAAGCUAGACGAUGCGACCAAAUUGACGGAGAUCAAGGGCCUUUUGAAAGCGUACCAAACAUUUAUAGAUCUCCUCACCAACCAUUCCAAGUCGACCAAUUCUGCAUUUUUGCAAGUUUACUCCGCCCUCGAGAAUGCUCCCGAUCCGUAUCCUUUGCUGGAAGCAUCGGUCGACUCUAUGCUCGUGGCCGAAGACACUUUACCUAAGCUUACCGACGAGAAUCAACACUUACAAGAAAGCGUCGCCAAGCUUACAUCACAGCUUGAGGAGACGGAGUCAAGGUUGCAAUCAGAAAGCGCCAACAGGAAGCAACUAGAAAACAAUCUCGAAAAUAAGGUUAGGGAAGUAGAGGAGUCAUGGAUCGCAGUCGUAGACGAGAAAAAGGACAACUGGGAAGCAAAAGAGAAGGCGUUAGAGGAGAAGAUUGAAAGUCAGGAGAGACUGCUGAAUGAAAUUAAGGCCAGUUACGAGGUGAACCAACGCCUCAAGGGAUCCGAAGAUGCAGACGCUGAGAGCAGUUACGGUCACGUUACGAAUGCGGAACUAGAAAUGGUCAAUUCUGAUCUAGAACGGACCAGUGCCAGGCUAGCUGAUGUUGAGGCUCGAAACGAGCAGCUGCGGCUGGAGCUCGCCCAAUCCAAAUCCCAAGUCACAGCCCACGCACCAAUUUUGGAGGAUGACCCCGGGUAUAUACGCAUGAGGUCGGAAAAUUCGUCUCUAAUUCGCAAGCUGGACUCUGCGAGGGUGGAAAAGGAGGCUUUCAAGAGGGACGUUGACACGAAACUUAGAGGCUUAGAAAGAGAAGUUGGUCUUUUGAAAGAGGAGCGCGACAGUCUGAAAGCGAAGGUGCAGAAGUGGAACGACUACGAUGAUAUCAAGCAAGAACUAGAGGUCCUCAAAAGCAUCGAAUUCGCGACGGGUGAUGACGACGAUAUGCUAGCUGCUUCGGAAUCGAACGGCUCUGCACUCAAGGGGAAGGGUGAUACCCUGGAACAGUUGCUAUUAGCCAGAAACAAAAAGCUAAGUGACGAAUUGACCAUCUUACGGGUUUCUCAUCAAGACCUUCAGAACCGGCUGGAAACCCUCCAAGAGGAAAUGUCAAGAACAAAUGCGGACUUGGAGAGAUCACAGAACCUCAACGCACAGUUGGAAAAUGAUCUAGCCAACCUUCAGUCAGAAGGACACAAUGCGUUCCCGUCAGGAGCGUCAGUGGCUGGCACGUACACGAGAUACGCGCCGUCUAUAGCACCCGGAAGGAGGGGUGGAAGAACAUCGCCUACCUCGUCUAUCAUAUCCGGUUUCGACCCUCGAAUGACAGGGGGCGAGCCGAUGGGCGGUGGUUCGGGCAUCUUGCCUAUGAUCACCGCGCAACGUGACCGCUUUAAAAAACGCAACGCUCAACUCGAAGGGGAGUUGUCCGAGUGUCAUCGUACCGUGUCGCAGCUGCGCCAAGAGAUCGCAGCCUUGCAGAAGGAUAACCUUCAGCUCUACGAAAAGACACGAUACGUGUCGACUUACAAUCGCAAUGUGCCGUCGGCGUCGUCAGCGUCGGCGUACUCAUCAAAUCCCAACCCGUCCGUGGUCGCUAUGGGCGGGACUGGAAACCCCGGGAUUGCGCUAGACCGGUAUAAACAGGCGUACGAGUCUAAUAUUUCGCCGUUUGCGGCGUUCAGAGGGCGCGAGUCAGCAAGAGCUUACAAACGGAUGAGUUUCCCGGAGAGGGUAGUGUAUUCGGUGACGCGGAUGGUGUUGGCCUCACGAACGAGCAGAAAUCUAUUUGCAGCGUACUGCGUCGCAUUGCACAUCCUAGUAUUUUUCUCUCUGUACUGGCUUGGUGCUACAGACGUCGAGAAGCAUUCGAGCAAUCUUAGCCAGGGUAUAGCCGCCGCCGCAGUAGCGGGAGGGGCAGCCGGCGGUAAUAGUGGUGGGAGAGGACAGGCCGCUCAUGCCGGGGAUUGGCAGGAAGAGGGUUUCAAUGGGCACUGAUGAUUACGUCCGCAGAAUACAUCUGUUGUAUCAUUACUAGCCGAUCUUUGUUUAUACGGCACACGCAAUACGUCUAAUACCAGCCUAUUUCGUCUUGAAUAAUUUACUACUACCAUCUAAAUGCAUAGGUACCUAGGUUAGGUAGACAGUGAAACAAUGUAGUGUAUCUACAUCUCUGAGCAACGUUCGAUACCAAGAUACCUAGACAUAAACCAGACACCAUAGCACCUCCACACUGGAACAAUAUAAUCGAAGCAAGCAGCCCUUCCAUAGUGACAGUCAAGCAUGAAGUGCAAGAAGAUCACAAGGCCCAUUCUCGGUAUCAGUUGCCUAUCUAUAGACGAACCUUCAUUCGUUCCAUGUCACAAGAGGGAGAGCUAGGAUAUAACUUGUCAUGAUCUCGAGCCGCCACGUUGGAUACUAUGCACGCAAUCUGUAAGCGGCCCGCCGAAGAUAAACCCCGGUAAGGUCUUGGCUAAUAGAGUAUGAUCUACGCUGAUUGGCAGGAGUUCCUUGAUUUCAACGGUUGGCAACACACAU